GUAUAGUAGCGCUUCGCCAAUGAACAGCCGGCAUGCAGGCCGCGCCCCACAUCGGCAGCACCGGCGGCCGGGAUUUUCCAGAGGGCGAAAAUUUCUCAGCUCUUCUCGCAAGCCCUAUUCCUGCGCCCUAUCCCUAAGCCCUCAUUUCUCCUCCUGGACAGUCCAUCCUCGUCCUCGACCACUCCAACCUGGCUGGCCACCCCCUUAUGGUGAGCUUGACAGGUUAAGGCCACUCAAUGGAUGAACAACUCUCGUUAGCCCUCCCCGAGGAGGGAAAUGGGUUGAGUACUUCUGAAAAACCGACUCAUGAGAUCGAUGACGAGGCAUUGUCACCGCGAGCUCACAAGAAACGCCGUACAGACUCUGGCCCCGAUGAGUUGUCCAAUGUCAAGGAGGAGACCGACACUCCUACAGAAGAUCAAAUCGGAGAAGAGCUUGCGGCCGUCCUUAAUCCACCUAGUGCCGAAACAGCUGAUGUCCAGGAGUCUAGCAAUAGCAGUCACGACUCAAUGGAGCCGCCCGAUCCAGAGGUGGCUGCUGUUCUAGGUAGCAUUAUUGACCGCGCCGAACGCUUGGAAGAGCAAUUCGCUUUGGACCAAUUGCCCCCCGAAACCCCUGACCAGCCUUCAAAUAAGGGCGUGACCUUUGUGAAGGCUAGCCUGUCAUUGAAAAUCCAGAGUCUCCCUAUUCUUGACAACCUUUCCACUCAGAUCCUCUCUCUCCUUGCCAAGUCCUCUUACCAAGACAUCACUUCGUUUGUUUCUGAGCCUGAUUCAGAGAAUGGACAAGCAUAUGCUACUAUGCGCUCUUUGUUUGACCACACGAAACGAGUCUACUCCACCAAACAAGUCUUUUUGUCACCGACCGAGCUCGAUUUGACGGAGCCGCCUCAGGUUGAUAUCAUACGCAAAGCGAACCUAGCCUCUUUCGUGUCAAGCAUCUUUGGCUCACAAGAAAUCAGUUUUGCCGAGCUCAAUGAUCACUUUCUGGACGUUUUCGUACCCGAAGGCAGCCGCCUACUCAAAGUUCAAGGUGCUCUUUUUCUUGAACUAAAGACACAAGCAUUCAUUGCCUCAUUGAACAACGAAGAACGCACGAGAACAGAGAUCCUCUAUGAACUUUUCCCAGAAGACCUAGAACAGCUCUUGCUUUCAAAGCGUUUGGGCACUCGUCAACUUGCCCCAAGCGAAGCGGAUUUUGUCAAACGAGCUCGUUCCAGACGAGAUAUCAUUCUUACCGACAUUAACAACGAAGAGGCAAUGAAGGCCCUUCCUGAUAAGUAUCAUUGGGAAGAUUUCCUGAGGGACCUGAGCUCGUAUGUGAGCAAAAACUUUGAUUCCAUCAACAGCCAACAGUCUCGAAAGGUCAAGAGCCGCACUUCCAUAUCUGGGGAAGUCCAGGAAGUCCCAGGUGCGCCACUUGAAAGUCAGUUUACGGUUGCUACACAGCCUCCAGAAGCUCCUGUAGAUCGCAAUCUUCAUGGAGAUCUUGUAGCACGUGCAGCUAGAGCAGCGCAGAUCGCGUUACAAGGCCAUGGAUUGAGGAAAUCCCAACAAUCACAACAGCACCAGCAGCAACAGCAGCAACAGCAAAGCCAGCAAACACCUCAGCCGGCACCCCAGCCAGCCUCCCAAUCAACUCAAAGCACACCUGCACCUCAGCCAAUGAGCCAGCCAAGUCAGCAAAAUAUGAGCCAAACCUUCCAGCAAAGCCCUACGCCGCCGGGGUACCCGCAACAGCUGACAUUCCAACACAGCACCAUCCCCCUUCAAAAUUUUCAACAGUAUACUCCUCCACAAAAUGGUUCAAAUAGUAUGCGAUCAAACGACGCCGUCUCCAACUACGGUUAUAUGCCCGGUGUUCCCCAUUACUCGCAGUCGCAGCCUACACAGGUACUGUACGAGCGAGCUAGAAUGGCGGCAACUGCAAAAUCUUCAUCUAGCAGCCGGCGAGCAGGCCUACCAAGUCAACGUCGACCUUGGACUACAGAAGAAGAAAAUGCACUCAUGGCUGGUUUAGACCGAGUCAAAGGUCCUCACUGGAGCCAGAUUCUAGCGAUGUUCGGACCUGGCGGGACUAUUAACGAAGCCCUGAAGGAUCGCAAUCAAGUGCAGCUCAAGGAUAAAGCCCGGAACCUGAAACUAUUUUUCCUCAAAAGCGGCAUUGAGGUGCCUUACUACCUGAAGUUCGUCACAGGCGAACUGAAAACACGAGCACCAGCACAGGCUGCGAAGAAUGAGGCAAGAGAACGGGAGAAGAAGCGCGGCGAAGAAGAUAAAGCUCAUGUGGAAGGUAUUGAAGGCAUGAUGGCGCUUGCUGGUGCUCACAUGUCCCCUAGUCAUGGUCCCGAUAGUAUGUCGGCAUCACCGGGGAUUCACCAGGACCCUGAACAGCAAGCCCUAUUGGACCAGGCCGAAGAACAGAAGCUGAUCCAGAGCCUCGGCCAAGAAGUUCACGGCGAUCUAUUGCACCAACCCCAACACCAUGAGCCCAUGAAUCCGGACAUUCAUACGCCUACUCAAUGAGUAUUCAUCAGUCGUCAUCUCCGCCAGCAUUGCUCUAGCCCGUGUCUAGACGAUUGUACUUGUAAUUAAUUCUGUUACCCUCUUACUUGUGACAUAUUCCACCACAGGAAAUUCGCUGCCAGUGCGUAGAGCGCAUGUAUCUGUAUCCAUGUAAUUAUGCAACAAGCAAUGCAUAUUCUAUCCAGAAGACAGGGCAGGAUUCUUG